AUGCGUACAGGUGAUAUUGUCUAUUACGACAAAGAUGGAUUCACUUUUAUUUGCGAUCGGCAAAAGGAACUCAUUAAGGUCAAUGGAAAGCAGGUGUCACCAUCUGAAAUUGAAGCCGUCCUACUAUCUAUCAGUGGAAUAACUGACUGCUGUGUGAUAGGUGUUCCCGACGAGAAGUAUGGAGAAGUACCGGUUGCAUAUGUGGUUUCAAAAACUGUUACAGAACCACAAAUUACAGCAUUCAUUAACGAACGAUUGGCGCCUUAUAAACGUCUCCGAGGAGGAGUCAAAUUCGUCGAUAGCAUUCCACGAACUUCUACGGGUAAAUUGCUCCGAAGGGAACUCAAAGAUCAACACAUGAAAUCAAUGCAAAUACGAUUGCGAAGUCGAGUUUGA